UUACUUACUCGGCUUAAAACAUCAGUUAACUCCUACCCCUCUCCUCCAACACCCAUCCCCGUCUUUAUACCCAUCGUAACUUUUCCUGAUAUUCCUUAUAUGAGCCGAGAGUCUAAACAAAUCCUCGCCGAGCUGCCGGCCUCACACCUCAACACACAAGUGCAUGAGGACAAGGUGUGUUGACGGCUGCAUGGCGCAAUAUCUGUCGGUCCUAAUCUUCAGUGAGUUGAACAACACAGACUUUGUCCUCGUCGCGUGAUGACUGGCCUGAAACAAAACUGAUGAUCCUUGUCAGUGUGUUGGUACAGUUAACAGCAACUGUCCCUCGCACGAUCGCUGCCAUUCGAUCUGCAGCGAAAUGGAGUUCAUCAUCUCUCUCCUCCCGUUCAUGCUCUGUGCGUCACUUCCGGUCCAGGCUGUCUCCUCCGUACCAGAAUUCAACGUUACGCUGACCUACGAUGGGUCGUUCGGGAUCCGAGUUCGCAACAAGCCGUGGUUUACCAGCACCACCCCAUUCCUGGUGGCGGACGGCGUACGGUAUGGGGUGCAGGCCCCUGUGGUCAUCCCGGGUAUGCUCCCCAUCAUGGAUGCGCCGUUGGUGUUGACCGACGCCGAGUGGGCUGAUGGGAAGGACGCCCUGGGCUCCUACACGGGAGUGAGCUACACUUACUACGCUAACAUCACUCGGUUGCUCCUGACUAUCCGCGCCUACGACUCCAUUGUUGUUUUCACUCAGGCAUUUCCGGAUGGGUUAAACAACACAGGAGUUCCCGACAAAAGAAAAGUUCUCAGCGGCUACCCCGGUUUCCAAUGGGAUUUUGUCUUUCAAGGUUAUAUUCCAUCCGGGUAUCUGACUUACAGUGGGCCACUGGACGGGAUCAGAUCUGUCAGGAAAGGAAGGUGGGAGCCAUGGCAACAAACUGUAGCAGACGGCCGAGAGGCGUCAGGUCCCUUGUGCCUGUUCAACGCUAGCGGCUCUGAAGCUGUCAUCAUCUCACCUUUGACCAAGGUCAUGACCCUGUCACCAUGGCACCGUCACUGGCCUAGUACUGGCACAGGCACUGAUGGCCAGUCUUACUGGGGAAUCGACCGCGACAUCGAGACCCUUCCCCCGGGUUACAAGGCUGAGGUCAUUCUGGUUUAUUCUCCGUACGGCGUGGGCCAGGUGUUUGAAGACUGGGGCGAUGCCAUGCGUCGAUACUCAGGACAAGGGGCUCCGGCGAGCCACUGGUCAAGCGGUCUGGACAAAGUAGGAUACUGGACAGGGCCAGGCUCUUUCUACUAUGACAAUACUGGGCAGAAUACUACUUAUGAAGAUGUUAUCCUGGAAGUGGAGAAAAAGGCUAAAAUCCAACGUGUUCCUUUCGGGUUUUUGGAGUUAGACAACUGGUGGUACGAGUCUGAGGCUAACAGAACGGAAGCCAUCGUCACGUGGGCAGCAAACAACAACUCUCUGCCUGACGGUCUUGGGAACUUUGAACAGCCUCUCGUGGUCGUCUGCUCCGCAUGGUAAGCUGCUUAAGUUCGUUAUGCUAGCAUUAGUUCUCAAACCUUCUUCGUCG